UUCCCGAAAGGAUUUACCUCGAUAAUCUUGAAAGAAAAGGCUACAAAAUUGCAAGCAUUUACUCAAGUGGGAUAUAAUGGAGCAAAUGUAAUCUUGGAACCAGGUAGACGCUACUCAAGCUUCGUUGACAUGGGACUAGAAAAUCCUGUAAUGAGCUUGCGAACGUUUGACAUGGUAAUCUCAGAUACUUUUUAGAGAUUUUACUGCAGGAUAAGACAGGGGUACCAAGGACGCUUUUCUCCAAGAUACAUUGAAAACACUUUUUUUGGCUAUCCAGAGUACUUUUAGAUGUCUAGAAAGGCAUUUUCAGUGGCGCUAUAGAAUUUGUAUCAGUUCGGUUAUCCUAGGGCAAAUUGCACCUAAAAUUUUCGGGAAGUAAAACUGAAGCCCUAAUAAUUUCGAAAAAAGUCUUUCCGAAGUUAUUAGGGCUUCAGUAUUACUUUCCCGAAAAUUUUAGGUGCAAUUUAACGUUUUGCGAAAGUGAGAAUUUUUCUAAUUCCUCUCUCAAUCGCAGUUUGGAAUCCGAAAAUUGUAGGUUUCCUUUUUACUACGAAAAAUAGCCAAACCUGGAGAGUCAAAUAUGAAAAAUUAAACUUCAGAAACUCGUAGGGAAUUUAUUAGGUAAGCUUCGAAAAUUGUACAUGAAUGGAACGGUCACCUAGAAAUUUGUAGCCGUCCCCAAAUAAUAGAAAAUUUCAGGCAAUUUUUGCUUCUUGGAACAGAUAUUAUACAGGAAACAGUCGUUGGGUGCCCCUGAUAAGAGCACUAAAUUGAAAUGAUGGCACUUCUUUCCUUUUGUAUGUAGCUUGCGACUUUGGUAUUGUAUGAGAACGAAGGUUGCGGCGGCAAAAAACUGGUAAGGCUUCCAAAUAUUUCCUCUAGCAUGCAUGGUUAAUCACAGUGUAUUUUUCUGUGAAGAAACUGUUUCAAUAACAAUUUCCCUAAUGCUGAAAAACUAAAAUUCUUUCGGUUGAUAAACCUAAUUCUCUUUUUACCUUAACGCUUUUCUUUCUCAGACAUAGAUAUUACAGGUAGGUUGUAUUAGUCCGCCCCGUCCCAGCAAAAACGUCUUUUGGUGAAAGUGAUUGUAAUCAGUACUAGACCAUAACCAUCAUGUUUACUUGAUGCUGCCCUUUUCAUAGGAACUAGAGAAAAAUACUGCAGAGUUAGCAGACUUGACAAAAGAUUUACCCAACGGAGCGCAUUCGAUUGUUUUGAAAGAAAAUGCCGAGAAAAUGCAAGUGUUUACUAAAGUAGGUUUUAAUGGAGCACACGUAACUUUACAACCAGGACGAAGGUACUCCAGCUUAGAUGCCAUGGGACUGGUAAAUCCUGUCGUUAGCCUAAGAAUGUUUAACAAGGUAAAAUCCAAAUAAUUGCUAAGAUAUUACAUAGAUCUGAAUAUACUGAAACAAAUUUAUUAUGCUUUAAUAUAUCCCUAUUUGAGUUACGGUAUUCUUGCUUGGGGCUGUGGCAGCAAAACCAGAUUAGAUUGUCUUCGUAUUAAACAUGAUAAAUGUCUCCGCACCAUCUUCUUUGUACAUCCUAGAGAGAGUGCUGCUCCCUAUUUCAAACUCCUAACAAUCCUUAAAUUAGAUAAUAUAUAUAAAUUAAAAAUAUGUUGCGUUAUAGAUAGAAUGAGAAAUGAGACCGAUAGCAUUCCAGAUAUUUUCCUUGAUGUCCUGACUCCAGCAUCGCGUAUACACAAUCAUAAUACAAGAUUUGUCAGUAAUCUGAACUAUUUUAGGCCAAGAGUAUCCACCAACUUAGAUAAGACCUCCUUUAAAUUCUCCGCUCCAAAAAUCUGGGAGACUGUACCGCCUGGUCUCAAGUGUCUGCCAUAUCAUAAGUUUAAAAAAGAAUGGAAGUCCUGUCUUCUAACCAACCAAAUCUGACCUGAGUAUAUGUUCUAUCACUGAUAUUAUUUGAGAUUUUAUUCCAAUCUUUACUGCUGCCAAUUAUUUCAAUAUGACGGUGUCCAACAAGAAAGCUCUUGCUACUUUGGACACCGUACACAAAUGAACUUAAUAUCUUUUAGUUAAUUUUUAAUUUGUAGCUACUUUAUUUUCCUACUAUGUACACUUAUGUAAAUAUCUUGUAUAGUGUGAAUAAAGAAUUGAAUUGAAUUGAAUUGAAUAUUGUAGAGCUUUAAUAGCAAAAAUUAAUACUGAUAAUAGCUGAUCUCUUUCUUUUUCGUUUUGAUGCAGCCUGCGAUUGUGCAAUUGUAUGAAGGCGAAGAUUAUGCCGGUAAAGUGCUGGUAAGGAAAAGAAGUCUUUAUGCAAGAAUGGUCAAUUGCGUGUAUAUCAAUGUCGAUGAUGAAAAGCUUUUUGUAUGCCUUUUUCUAUCAGCUCAGGCUACCUAAACGCCGGGUCUAAACGUACUGGACGAAUACGAUGAUCUCAGUAAAACUGUUCGUUGGUGAAAAAAAUUUUCUUUAAACCUUGUUCUGGCUAAGAUAUUGCAAUAAAAUUGUUUUACGGAGAACUCAACCAGCCCCAGCGAGGUCACAAGCCGUAUAGUAGUGGAAUGAAAAUUUAAUUCUUGUUGAUUUGAUCAUCGUCUUUAGACGAAAAUGCGCCAGACUUUGUUUUGAAAGAAAAUGCCGAGGAAAUGCAAGUGUUUACAAAAGUUGGAUGUAAUGGAGCACAUGUGACCUUAGAACCAGGUCGACGCUACUCAAACUUAAGUGCUAUGGGGCUGGAAAAUCCUAUAAUGAGCAUGAGAAAGUCACAGUGAAGCCGUUUGAUUCGGAACUAGGUCUGCUGCAUUAAUGAAGCACAACUGAUAGCCCCCACGGUUUAUCACUAUGUGAAACGUUGAAUAAACAUUGAAUAGUACAGCUAGCCUAGCAGUUGCACUAACUUUGUGCUGUGGAUGAUACUUGAAGCCUUGUUAGACCUUUGACAUUCAAAUAAAAUUCAAAAAAGCGUAUGUUUGUGUGGAAGUGAAAUAAUUAAAAAAAUAACCUAUACAAGGUAUCGCACAAAAAAUAGCAUUUUUCAUAAUUCCUUCUACUUCAGGGGAACAGUUUGUAUCAUCUAUAGUGUCUAUAUAUGUCUUCCAAAGUUGAUUUUCACGUAGUACGAUCAGCCGUUGCAGUAUUCUGCUUGCAGAAUUUAAAUGUCUAUUGUGUCUAUAUUAGUUUUGCUCUUGUCUCCGAAACCCGAAGUUCCGUUAGUCUUCGUCGUUUCUUUCUUUAGAUGCUAAGUUCCUGGUCUAAGUAUCCUGCAAAAGCAUGCUCAAAAAGCCUCAGUGAUACAUAACAAAACAUAAGAGGCUUCCUUGAUAUUAGGAGCCUGGCCACACCCCUUUAAAAAUGAAGAAAAGAAAUUAUCUGCGUUUUUGCUUACUGAAGUGGUAAGACUCAAUAGAAUGUCGUCAGUACUUUGCUCCUUUAUACCACACCUUCUAGAUCUUCCACUUAGAACUUGAAAAGAAUAGGUGGAGCUUACAAAAGAUAAAAUGUUAUUUUUCUUACUUAAUAUGGCUUUUAAUGAGUCAUGCAUCAAUCAACUCAAAGUCUUAAAGGGAGGCGUGGUCAGCCUGGCACCUGAUAUAAUGGACCAAGACGGGGGGCAGGUGGUUUACUAAUGAGGUUCGUUAUUUAUAUUACCAAUAUUUCAAAAAGUCUAAUGAUACCUCAGAUAAUCAAUAUCAUUGUCAGUCGUUAUGAUUAAUGUUUACCCCGAUUACCCCAGCAAUUAUCUUGAACAUCUGCUCUAGUUUUAUGACCAUUUUAGGUAAAGAAAAACGGUCACAUUAAAUGCACGAGUGCGUCUAUUAGUUUUAUUGUUUCUAACGUAAUAAAAAGGCUGUAUCAUGUUGCUGUCUAUCUAUUCAGUUUAAGCUGAGGACAAAGUGUUUUGAUCAGACAACAGUUUUCUGGAGCCUUUCAAACUCAUAAGGUAAACCUUCGCAUAACCUCGUGAACAGUAUUAUGUGCAGUCUUAUUUCCACCCGCUAUCUUUGAUGUGUGGUAGGACAAUCUUUAAAAGUACUUUUUCCUUUUUAUUGCAGAUUAUGGCGGAUGAAAUAACACUGUGGGAAAACAAAAAUCAAGGAGGGAAAAAAAAGGUAAAAGAACUCGUCAAUAAUCAAAUGAAGCCAAACUGAACUCUUCAUCUUUGUGAUCUUCGCUUUUAGUCAGGGGAUUAGGUGAUACAUUUCGUCUAAUAGUAGAAACAAGUUUAUCAUCCAGUGUCUCGCUUUUUCUGUAUUGUACUGAAUUAUCAUUUUCAAAAACUAUCCUCACACUUCUUUUUAUUUCCCUUUUUUUUUUCUUUUUAAGACUUACAAAUCAGAUCAACCGGAUUUGACAAACGAUUUUGUCAAUGGUGCCAACAGUAUCCAGGUGGGCUCGUCUGCUGGAAAUUGGCGCGCUUUCCCCCAGAUCCAGUAUGGAGGCGAUCAGCAUGGAGAUUUGAAUCAAGGUGGACUUUACCCAACUCCACAAAGUAUGAUGCUCACUUCGCCUGUUAAAAGCAUUCAAAAGCAACCUGAAUAG